UAGUUGACAGUUACUUAACCUAUAACUGGAAACUUCCUAACUUCAUUGAUCUCGUACUUGAAAGCACUAAAAUAAUAUUAUUUAAGAUAGCAUAAAUCUAUAAAUUAUGUCGUUUCAGAAUAUAAUAUAAAGUAUAUCGUCAUGAUAAUUUAGAUGAAGGAAUUUCGAAAAUGUCGGCAAUAAUCGACGACAAAGUAGUUGCAGGAGCUCAGAAUCCGAACAUUGUGAAAGAGGAUCCUAUGGUGGCCUUAACGGAGAGUGUUAAGAGUCUAUAUUUCUUUCGUGAUCAUUAUUUUGAAAACCACUCGAUUGAUAAUGCACUCCAAAAGAGCAGUGACGUCGAAAAGGAGAUGAGGAACACGUUAAUAAAGUUUGACGAGUGCAAAGGAUAUGAAAUUGAUGGUGCGAGGGCAAGAUAUUAUUAUUUGAAAGGGAAAGUCCUGAAUGUUGUGGACAGGUUUGUACCGCAAGCCGAGGAACUUCUUAGCAAAGCGGUAAAAUUAGAACCAAGACUAGUGGAAGCUUGGAAUGAACUUGGGGAGUGCUACUGGAAGAACGAUGACAUUCAACAAGCGAAAAAUUGUUUCAUUGGUGCCUUACCUCAUCAGAAAAGAAACAAGGUGUCGCUUCGCAAUCUUUCUAUGGUACUUAGGCAAGAACAAACUAAAACACACGAAGAACAAGUAAGGAACAUAGAACAAGGUGUGGAGUAUGCCAAGGAAGCAGUGACUUACGAUAUAUCGGAUGGCACUUCUUGGGCCAUUCUAGGAAACGCUUAUUUAUCAUCCUUCUUCACAAUCAUGCAGAAUCCUGCCACAUUAAGGCUGUGCAUGUCUGCGUAUGCUCAGGCAGAAAAGGACAUUGUCGCGAGAAGUAACCCUGGCUUAUUUUACAAUAAGGCAGUGGCGUUGAAGUAUCAGGAAGAGUACAAGCUAGCUCUGGAGUCAUUCGAGCAGGCAAUGUCACUAGACCCAACAUGGGAAGUACCGCAGAAUAAGCGAGAUGAACUUCUGACGUAUCUUAAAGACGUACAAAAUUCGGUAGAUAGUAAGGGAAGACUUAAACCGAAGAAACUACAUCAGAUAAUCCAGUCACUGGAUGCAAAACACCUGGGCCCAUAUAAAGGAGGCUCUUACACAUAUGCUGAUAAGACUGUCAAAUUAGAUUUAGUUCCAUUGAAGGAAUUGAAAAACGGAAUCAAUUUAGAAAAACUUGUUUUCGGCAAAGUGGUGUGCUGGAUACAAGACUCGGACUGUGUGCCCUUUGCAUUUUGUAUGAUUGAUAAAGAUUUGACAUGCGUAGCUGUCACAGUCUACAAUCUGGCAAAAGGUAAAGGGGUUACGAUAGCUGAUUCCGUAGCCAUCCCAGAACCCUUUAUCACUAAUCAGAUGUUUUCCCAUUCUGCCAACGAAUUUAAUUUCAAGUCCAUUCGCGUCGAAACGCCGGUAGUAUUGGUCGUGAAUGGAAGGAAAUUGGGCCGCGAUCAGCAAGCCAGCGCCAAACUGUCCAGCUUUAAAAAAUCCGAUUGACACUAUAAUCACAAGAAGUAACAAAUUUAAUUAC